CCGAGCGUCCACAGCCCGGUAACCCAUUCCACUGUUCGCGAUCUGGGUCCUCCGGAGUCGGGGGAGGGUGAGAAACGGGUCCUCUAACCGCUUGGAGGAUUGGAAAUUGCAACGGGAGCGCUGGAAGGAGCGGCAGUGGACGGUCAGAAGAGUCCAGAUGGCGCAGUGGGAGAUGCUACAGAGCCUUGGCAGCCCAUUCCUGGACCAGUUGCACCAGUUGUAUGCCCAGAGCAUCCUUCCAGUGGAUGUCCGACAGCAUUUGGCUGCCUGGAUUGAAGACCAGAACUGGAGGGAAGCUGCACUAGGCAAUGAUCAUUCCAAGGCCAACAUGCUGUACUUCAACAUCCUGGACCAGCUGAACCAGUGGGACCACUACAGCUCGGACUCCGAUUACUUUUUAUUGCAGCAUAACUUGCGAAAAUUCAACCGGGACAUUCAGACCUUUCCCAAUGGCCCGACUCAGUUGGCUGAGAUGAUCUUUAAUCUUCUUCUGGAAGAGAAAAGGAUUCUGAAUCAGGCCCAAAGAGCUCAAGAGGUGCAACCCAGGCCGGCCCCCGAAGCAGCAGUGGAGAGCCAGCAGAAUGAGAUUGAAACUCGCAUCAUGGAUUUACAGGCUGUGGUUGAGAUGUUGGUGAGAUCCAUCAGGCAGCUGAAGGACGUGCAGGAUGUCUUCAGCUUCAGAUACACAAUUCUCAAUCAAAAGAAGACAUCAUCUUCGGACCCCCAUCAGAGCCAACAGCGGCAACUUGUGCAGAUGACAGCCAAUGAACUGGACAGAAUGAGAAAGGAGGUUCUGGAUGUCUCCAAAGGACUAGUUGGCCGAUUAACCACCCUGGUGGACCUGUUGCUGCCCAGACUGGACGAGUGGAAGGUGCAGCAGCAGAAGUCCUGCAUUGGAGCCUCGCCUCCCAAGCUGCAGCUGGAACAGCUGGAACAGUGGUUGACGGCUGGAGCAAAGUUCUUGUUCCACCUUCGACAGCUACUGAAGCAGCUGAAGGAAAUGAGUCUCACGGUUCAGUAUGAGGGUGACAUGUUUGGCCAAGGGGUGGACCUGCAGAAUGCCCAAGUCAUGGAGUUACUUCAGCGUCUGCUCCAAAGGUCCUUUGUAGUGGAAACUCAACCCUGCAUGCCCCAGACUCUCCAUCGACCCCUCAUCCUGAAGACUGGGAGCAAGUUCACCGUCCGAACAAGACUGCUGGUGAGACUCCAGGAAGGCAACGAAUCACUCAGAGCGGAAGUCUCCAUUGACAGGAAUUCAGAGUUACCAGGCUUCCGGAAGUUCAACAUUCUGACCUCAAACCAAAAAACCUUGACCCCCGAGGAGGGCCAGAGACAAGGCUUAAUUUGGGACUUUGGCUUCUUGACGCUGGUGGAGCAACGCUCUGUGGGUGCCGGAAAGAGCAACAACAAGGGUCCCCUGGCUGUGACAGAGGAGUUACACAUCAUCAGUUUCGUGGUGGAAUACGUCUACCAGGGUCUGAAGAUGAAGCUGCAGACGGACACUCUCCCUGUGGUGAUCAUCUCUAACAUGAACCAACUCUCCAUUGCUUGGGCAUCCAUUCUCUGGUUCAACAUGCUCAGCUCAACUCCCAAGGACCAGCAGGACCAGCAGUUCUUCUGCCAAGCUCCAAAAGCCCCCUGGAGUUUGCUGGGGCCUGUGCUCAGUUGGCAGUUCUCCUCUUAUGUUGGCCGUGGCCUCGAUUCUGAGCAGCUGGGCAUGCUGAGGAAGAAGCUAUUUGGAAAGAGCUGUAAAAUGGAGGAUGCACUGUUGUCCUGGGUAGACUUCAGCAAGCGAGAGAGCCCCCCUGGCAAGAUCCCUUUCUGGACCUGGCUGGACAAAAUCCUGGAGCUGGUACAUGACCACCUGAAGGAUCUCUGGAAUGAUGGUCGCAUCAUGGGCUUUGUGAGCCGCAGCCAGGAACGCCGACUGCUGAGGAAGAUGGUGUCUGGCACCUUCCUACUGCGCUUCAGUGAAACUUCUGAAGGGGGCAUUACUUGCUCUUGGGUGGAGCACCAGGAUGACGAUAAAGUCAACUUCUACUCCGUGGAACCCUACACCAAGGAAGUGCUACAGUCGAUCCCACUGACAGAAAUCAUCCGCCACUACCAGGUUCUUGCCGAAGAGAACGCCCCUGAGAACCCACUCCGCUUCCUCUAUCCCCGAAUCCCUCGGGACGAAGCUUUUGGGUGCUACUACCAGGAAAAAGUUAAUUUUGAAGAACAGAGGAAAUAUUUGAAACAUAGACUCAUUGUGAUCUCUAACAGGCAGCCGGACGAGCUGCAGCAACCUCUGGAGCUCAAACAGGAUCCAGAGUCGUUAGAUCUGGAUGCAGAACUCAUGUCAGCGAUGGAGUUAGCACAAGACCUGGAGUUGGAGUCAAUGCUGCAGUCUGGACUGGAUCUGGGCACAGAUCUGAAACUAGAUCCCAUACUGAGUCCAGACCCACAGAUCAUGCUGGAGUCAGACCCGACACGUGCAUUGCAGCUGUUGGCAGAGCCAGAUUUGCCUCAGGACCUGCAGCAGCUGAACACAGAGGGUAUGGAAAUCUUCAGAAACAAUAUAAAUAUUGAUGACAUCAUGCCCAACGGUGACCCGGUGUUGGCUGGCCAGAGCAUCAUAGAGGAGGCUUACAUGUCCUGCUCCAGCCAUUUUGACGUGGACGGACCCUUGAUUCCUUCUGAGGACUAGGAGCUGUGUUCCCAUUUUGUCCCUCCUAACUCCCACAUCUGACAGUGGGAAGCCGAGGCCUUCUAAGCUGGGUUAGCCAUGAACUUUGGAGUAAGAGGUAAAAGCGUGACAUGGUUUCACAGGUGCAGCAAAGAGUCAGAACAGACGCAGGCCAUAGUCUUUCUAGGAUCCUGAGGCUGCCUGCCAUGCUGGGAGACACAGGGGUCUUGAGGGCAGGUCAGGACAUUUGGGAGGUCCUUAGAGGGUCUGAGGCAGUGGUGUCUUUCCCAUAUGGAACCAUUUUAAUGUUUUGAUAAUUGGCUAAGUUGAUGUGAAGCAACAUCUGGUCUUUAUGGGGAGCUCAGACAUGGAUGGAAUUUUGUCCUUCCUCCUCCGUUGCUACCCUGGGUCCCGUCAAACCCAGAGACUUGCCCAUGGUAGGCAACCACGGUGGCACCGAGCCCAAGCCCUUCAGUUCUCUCUUCUGGUUACCUCAGGUCUCCUCCCUUCGCUCCUGACUCCAGUUUUAAGUUUCCUUCUUUUCCUGUAGAGGCUGAGAGCUGUCUGCUUCAGCUCACCAUGUGGAACAGAAUUACUGCUAGCAUCACCCUUGCCAUACUCAGCUCCUCCCCUACAAAGCAAUUCUGACGCUCUAAAGAAGAUGGAAGCUUUGCUGCUUUAGGUCGUCUUGACUCUACCUCCCCCCAGUGCUUGAGAAAAUCACUCCUGGAAGUUUGAAUGGUUUCUGAGCACUUGGGCAUUAGUUCUUAUAGUUCUUGGUAGAGCUGAGAGUUUGAAGAGAACUUAGCUAUUUUACUAUUUUACGAAUAAGAGGGCAUCGCUUCUUUUGUACAGUGUUUUGUUAACAUGAAAGGAAAAAAAAACUACUAUUCCUUAGGGGUGACCUGGGCAAGGACCGGGUUCCUUGGACUCAGAGCCUUGAAGGUCAGACAUCUUUAUGCCUUAGCCAUUGUUGGGGAACCCAGGGGGCAUUUGCCGCUGCUGUAAGGUGUGCUUGUGGUACAGCUUGUGGUAAACAAAUGUGAGGACCAGUUCUGUGGCUGUUUCCUACCCAGUGCAUCAGAACAGUUCAGGAAGGGGUUAAUAAUAACUGGGAGAGGGAACAGCAGUGCCAGCCCAGCAUUGAAGGCGGCACAAGCAAACCAAGAACCAAGGAGGUGGAUGAGGAAGGUGCACACAGGAGCAGAAGAAACUCAAGGAGCCAAAAGCAAAAGUCAUGAGAAAAAGGUGCCCAACCAACACGUGAAAUUAAACAACCCGGCAAAGCCAGGCAGGGCAGCAUAGUGGGACCUCAUAGCCGGUCUUCGGGGGUUGGGGGGAUAUAAGAGAAUGUUCCUUGUGCCUCAGGUGAUGGUACCACUUCAUUCUGCUCCUUCGUAAGACCCUAGGUUCUCAUGCUCUCACCACAUUCUGAAUAGCUAGAACAAACUGCUGUCCUGGAACAUCAUAAUAAAAUUUUGUCCUUCAUACAUCAUAAUAAACUUUUGUUAAAACAA